UGAUGACUCUUAUGCAGCAAUGCAUGAAUCCACUGCAUUAUUCUCCCACGUGCAGCUCAGUUCAACCGUUUUCGCGUCUACAGGUCCAUGUGUGUGACGGCACCAAUCAUGACCGACCCCAAGACUAUCACCCCAUAGCCGCAACACAGGCGUCCAGCAGGGAUGAUCACCUUGAAGUCACACCCACGCAAGAUGCAAUUCAUCUCACAUCACCGACACAAAACACAUCCAGAAGUCAUCCCAAAACAAGACACUGAAAAACCCCGCUGUGCUGUACCUACAACCAGGACGGCCCGCCUCAUCUUUCCCCUCCCCUCCCCGGUCAGCUGCACUCACUGCACAUCCAGCUUCAUCCAUUCCUCCUGACUUUGAGCUUCUCGAUGGUCUUCAUGUGAUAUCGAUGCUCGUGUUCCUCCCGCCACCAUGGGUGUCGGGGGUACUGCUUGCCGAGUAGCCAGGGGGCCAGGUGCUUGGGGAUGCCUCUGCUGCGGGGCGGCGGGACGGACAGCGCCUGCUUGUGCCGCGGGUUGGCGUUGCAGUCCACGCCCAUGAUGGGCACGUGCCACUUGCGCACAACAUACCGGCACGACGGGCAGAGGAGCGUCAGAACGCCUCGGUGCCACAUCAGCAACACGCCAGACAGCUGCAU